CCAGAUACAAGGACUAACUAGUAACUGUAAAAUAUAGAGAUAACUUGAUAUGGCCACAUUAACACACUAAAUAAAUUCAAUGGUACUUGAAGGGAAUAAUUUUUACUACAAAACCUAUAAAAUGUCAAUACGAGAUGAUAUUUGCCGAUUCUAAGUCCAUCCUGCUAAUACUAUAUGACAAUUUAGUGUAACGAUUUUACGCAGGUUACCACACUGUUAGUCUAUGAAGUGUGAAGUGUGUGAUGUUAGUUUAAAUUUAUUUAUACGCAAAAAUAACCUACGAAAAUUUUGUACACAUAUUUUAUAUUCUUAAUUCGUUUAAUAAACUUACGUACAAUGAAAAAUGCAAUUUAUUUAGAAACCUCUACGUCUCCAGAGGAUUAUUAUCCAAGAAAUAGAAUAAAAAUAUCUUUAGAGUCCUUAAUAACUUAUUCGGUAUAUAAAUUCUGUGUAUCUGAUAUACAAUUGUAUUUUGUACAUAAUAAAAACACACCAGAGUCAGGCUUGGUUGAAAUUAUUUGUGAAAAUAUAGAUUUUGUAGAUUUGAAAAUUGUACCAUGGCAAGUUAAAUCGUGUAUAUACCCUGUUGCUUUUUAUGAUGAUACUAUUAUAACUGGUUUGUGUGCGGUGUGUAGACAUAUAUGUAAGUUCAGAUUGAGUCCUCGUACCUGUCAUGAAUAUGAGGAAGGUCUACUUGCCUUUCGUAGAGGUUGCCUACAAGCUCCCAAUGAAGUAUCUAUAUGGACAAAAUUUUGUGAAGUAGAACUUAUCAACACAGUCAAAGAGUUAUUUAACAUAACUAGCUUAAGGGAGGUACCAAAAAGUUUAGUGAGGUUUGAAAAUCAUUUGAAUAAACCUGUGAGAAUUCACAACAUAUUUAAAGUAGCUAAUGAUUUGAGCAAGGAUAAUUCUAAAAGUAUAGAACAUGUUGACAAAUUCCAAAAAAUGAAAUCACAAAAAGAUUCUAGAAUUUCAAAGCAGCGGAAUUGGAAAUCAAAUGUAAAGGAAGAUCAAACAAAGGUUAAGUGCCUCGGGAGAGAAGAUCUUGAUAUACAUCACCAAUAUGCUGAGGGACCAUUUUUUACUUUAGCUGAUUUGGUAUUACUACCUUCAUACUACAUUGUUUUAAAGUUCUUUGGAGAAAAACUUUUCCAAUCCUUAUUACCACUUUCACAUAAAUGGCUACUAAAUGUGAAAAAUGUAAAAGAAGUUGAUGAUUUGUAUAACUUCUUAAGCACAAUUCAAAUUCAGCCGCUUGAAAUCAGCCAAAUUGAUUUUCCAGAUGUAGAGGAUGUUAGUCUAUAUAAGUCAGAUCCUAAAAGACACAACCCUAAAAAAAGAUUGUUUACCAAACCUGACGACAUAGAGAAAGCAUUAAAUGUUUUAGUAGAGGGUAUGGAACUACUUAUGAGUAAUUUAGAAUUUGAAAAAACAUUUGACUGGGACGACAUACCAGAUGGUGCAAAUCCUGAGGCCGGGCAUUUGCCUGAUGAACGAGUGGAACGGAAAUCACAGCAACUACAGAAUCUAACCCUUGCUGUGCUAGCUAUGGCAAAGGAUGGGGAUCAUAUUGUUGACUUUUGCAGUGGUAGCGGUCAUUUGGGUAUACUGAUUGCACAUCUCUUGCCAAAAUGCACAGUAAUUUUACUUGAAAAUAAAGAGCAGUCUUUAUUAAGAGCUAGAGAAAGAGUUCACAAAAUGGGACUAAGGAAUGUUUACUUUUUCCAAUGCAAUUUGGAUUUCUUUAUCGGAAAAUUUGAUAUUGGCAUUGCAUUACAUGCAUGCGGAAUAGCCAGUGAUUUGGUUUUGGACAAAUGUUUGAGUUCCAAAGCUAAGUUUGUGUUAUGUCCCUGCUGCUAUGGUUCCAUUCACGCUACUGACAGGCUGGUGUAUCCGAGAAGUGCUGCAUUUAAAAGAAUGAGUAUUGAACAAUAUUUAUGCAUCGGUCACACCGCUGAUCAAACGCACAAGGAACAUCCGCUCACAGUAAGAGGAGCGAGAUGUAUGGCGGUUAUUGAUUCUGAUCGAGCCAGGUUAGCCGAGGAACACGGCUAUACGGUAACGCUAUCAAGACUAAAACCACUGUCGUGUACUCCUAAGAAUAAUCUACUUAUUGGUGUUCCUUUAUAAAUAAAUAGGCUAUUGCCGAAUAUAACAGUUUUAUUAUACAAGCACUGCCGUUUUAUAUAAAUUCAUGAUAUCUAUAAUAAAAGUAAACAUCUAAUAGUACAAAACCGAUACACAAUUGUAUCUACUUAACAAUAAUUUUAGAUUUUCUUUUUCAUACUCUACGAAAACCUCUUAGUAAUUUUGUGUUGGUUAUGUAACAAAGUUGCAAUAUGAAAAAAAGCUCUUAAUUAAUUUAUAAUAAGAAAAGACAGCUAUGUAUGCUGUUUUGUAAAAUGCACCUUAAUUAAUUGAGCACUUUUACUUGUUAUAAAACAAUUUUUGAAUAAAGUUAAUCAUAUUGACCAACUAUGAGUAACAUUAACACUUAAGAUCUACUUAGCAGUCACCAACAAAAAAUAUAAUUUCCAAAUAUAUAUUUGCAUCUGGCAAGAUAUUUU